AUGCCCGGCUACGAAGACGAGGGCGACCUCAUGCCCUCUCACCACCACGGCAAAGCCAGCCGUGCCGUCACCAAGAUGCCUUGGUGGAAUCCUCGCUAUUGGACCCGCAAGGUCUGGAUUGCUGUUGUCGUUGUCUUUGUCAUUAUCGCCGUCGUCAUUGGUGUCGCCGUCGGCGUGACAGUCUCCAAGAAUAACGCCUACCCUAGCUACAAGCCGCUGUCCUACGCGCUGCAAGACACAUGCAAGUAUAGCCCGGAGUUUGCGCUUUGUGCUCAGUCUAACAGUCAUGUCGCAGACUCGGGAGAGGACUUCUUUGACCAGUUCAAUUACUUCAACACAUACGACCCCGCCCACGGCUUCGUACACUAUGUCAGUCCAGCCGAUGCCAAACAGCACAACCUCACCUACGCCACGCAAAGCAGCGCCAUCAUCCGCGUCGACACCACCGUCGGCCCCGGCUCCAACCCGGACGCCUCCACCGGCCGCUUCUCCGUGCGCAUCGAGUCCAAGAAGACCUACGACAAGGGCCUCUUCGUCUUCGACGUGCGCCACACGCCCUACGCCUGCGCCGCCUGGCCCGCCCUCUGGCUGACCGACCCCUCGCACUGGCCCGAGCACGGCGAGAUUGACGUCCUCGAGGCCAUCAACCUCGGCGCCUCCGGCAACGCCAUGACCCUCCACUCGGACAAGGGCUGCAGCAUGGGCGGCAAGCGCGAGAUGACCGGCAAGGCGCUGGACAAGUCCUGCUACGUCAAGGACAACAGCAACGCGGGUUGCGGCGUGCAAGGGCCCGCGGGGUCGUUUGGCGCGGCGCUCAACGACAAGCAAGGCGCGGUGGUGGCGGUGGAGUGGCGCGCGGACGGCAUCCGCAUGUGGCAGUUUGCGCGUGAUGGCGUUCCGGCGGACGUGCAGGCGAAGAAGCCGACGCCGGAGGCUUGGGGCACGGCGGCGGCGGACUUUCCGAACACGCACUGUGAUAUUGGCGCGCGCUUCAGCAACCACUCCAUCGUCGCCAACAUUGACCUGUGCGGCGACCUCGUCGAGGCUAGCUGGAAGGACUCUGGCUGCGGCGGCGGCGCCAAGUGCACCGACUUUGUCGCGACCAAGCCCAGCGAGUUCACCAAUGCGUACUGGGAAUUCGGCGCUUUUGAAGUCUACCAGGCCUCGUAG